AUAUUUGAGUGUCCCCCAGUGGGCAUGUGAUCUGAGGUGGCUUGCCUUCUACAGGACUGGACCCUGUCCCAGGACUUGAGGAAGGUGGAGCCCACAGCAUAAUAAGGAGGUUCUUUAAGAAAUAGUGUGGCCAUUGGGCAGUGGGAACCGUGGUUUGGCUGUUUCUAACAGUACUAAAAAAGUCUACAGAUGACAAGAAUGUGCUCCUGCAAGAGACAUGAGAAAUGGCAGCACACGAAUGUGAACUGCGAAGGUCUGCGGAUUUACUGAAGAAUAAAAUGGCAUUGAUACAGGAGGAAGCAGCAUGAGAAUGCAAGCUGUAAGGGCAGGUAUCAGGUGGCUGCUUGCAGGUGCAAGGUAUACUGAUUAAAGUGUGAGUAGAGCUGAGUUUGGGAGUGCCGAGGCCCCUGAGCACAGGAGGAAGCAGAGGAGGUGUGGCUAGAGGAAGCCUGUAGUUUUCUGGGAUGAGACAAGAACAGCGGCCCCAGGAUGCUGGGUCCCACGCUCGUCAUCUUCCUGCUGCUGCUGCUGCCGUCUCCGCUCCUGACCACCGGGAGCACCCUCCACCGCUACCUCACCCAGGACCAAGGUCACCACCCCAGCUCCAGGCUCCAGGAGAGCCCAGCAGCUGGGGACUCCUGCUGGAGCACUUACGACGUGUACUUCGUCUUAGACUCAUCCCACUGUGUAAAUGACAACUGGGAGUUCACACAGAGCUUUGUGAAGGAUUUGGUGAACAGAUUUAAAAACCCCACACAGCGUAUGUCAUUCAUUACCUACUCGACACAUGGCCACAUCAAUAUGAAGCUGACCUCGAACAGAAAAAAAAUAAGCACUUCUCUUGUCAAAUUGCUCAAUGUGCUGCCUACAGGAGCCCUAAAUAUGCAGCAUGGACUGAAAAAGGCCAAUGAGCAGAUCGAAAGAACACGUGCUGCAGGAGUGAAGGUACCCAGCCUCAUCAUCGUGCUGACAGGUGGAGAACUGCUGCCAGAAUCGUUCGCAGAGACACAAGUUGAAGCUGCAAAAUCCAAGCAGUUGGGGGCAACUCUGUAUUUCGUGGGUGUGCAAGAUUAUCAGCUGUCCCAGCUACUGGAAAUUGCUGGCGAAGAGGGUCAUGUGUUUGGAGUGGACACUGGAUACAGCGGACUCGAAGACAUCGUUGACCCACUCCUAGAGAGGUCUUGUGUGCAGAUUAUAUCUGUGAAUUUCUCCUCUAUCUGCACUAGAGGUAACAAUGAAGUCAAGGUUAUUGGAAACGGUUUUGAAAACAUAGACAAAGAUCAAGUUAUCUGUCAAUUUCGAAUUGGAAAGAGAACCAUCCGAAAAAAGGCAGUGUCUGUGCAAGAUACCUCCGUUACAUGCCCAGGACCAAAGAUAAAUAAUCCGGGCCAGGCCGUCUUCAUCGAUAUCAGCCUGGAUAAUGGCCUCACCUUCAUCAAGACAGAUUUAGAUGUCAGCAGGAGGAACUGUGUGACUUCCAGGGAGGGGACCCCACCUGCCCUACUGGAUGCCGUACCACCAGCUGCCCAACAACAUGUCGUUCAAAUUGCUGAGCUGGAAGUCACACAGGAUAUUUCCCUGGAUGAACAGUCUUCCCUUCAAGUUUUCUUCACUACCAUCUCUCUCUACAGCUCUGUGUCUCUCGGGAUUCUGCUCUUUUUUCUGCUGCUGUGCUGUUGUAUCUGCUGACUGCAUUAAAUGUGUGGGUGACUCCUGA